AUGAGUGCCGUAUUUGAAUUUGAUGAUUUACCAUCCAUUCAUGUAUCAGCAUCAGCAACAACAGCAACACUCGAAGAUGUCAACGAAAGUGGAUACUCCUCAGAAGUAGAUGCCACUGAGCCAACUCAGAUACCUUUGGACGAAAAGUUGUAUGAGGUACCUCUGGCAGAGAACUUUAUAUCAUCGUCUCUAUCCACUCCAUUGACAACGGACAAUCGUAAAGUUAGUCUGGACGAUUUCGAAAUUCUGAAAUUACUCGGUCGAGGAGCCUAUGGUAAGGUCAUGCUGUGUCGUCAUAAGGAAAGCGGGAUCUUGUAUGCCAUGAAGGUCUUGAAGAAGGCCUCCUUGUUUGUGCAUGCAAAGAAUGCGGAACACACCAAAGCAGAGCGGCAGAUCCUGGAGGAAGUGCGCAAUCCGUUUAUCGUUCAGCUCUUUUAUGCAUUUCAGACAAACGACCGAUUGUAUCUCAUCUUGGAAUAUGCAACUGGUGGCGAAUUGUUUACGCACAUGGCUUCUGAACACAUGUUUACAGAAGAUGUCGCACGAUUCUAUCUGGCAGAAUUAUUAUUGGCUUUGGAGCAUUUGCACGGAUUAGGCAUCGUCUACAGAGAUUUGAAGCCUGAAAAUUGCCUAUUGGAUGGUAAUGGCCAUGCUCUUUUGACUGAUUUUGGUUUGUCCAAAGUAUCCAUUGAAGGAAGUCGAACAAAUACCGUUUGUGGAACGGCAGAAUACAUGGCACCUGAGAUUCUAUUGGAAUUAAGCUAUGACAAGAGCGUCGACUACUGGACAUUUGGCAUUCUGAUGUAUGAAAUGCUGACCGGUUAUACCCCUUUCCGAUGUCGUAAUAAGAAAAAGACCCUGGAUGCUAUUCUCAAAAAGAAGCUACAGAUCCCAUAUUAUAUCUCGUCAGACGCCAAAGAUCUGCUCAUCAGACUGUUGCGCAAGAAUCCCAAUGUGCGUUUGGGCCAUGGUGAUGAUGGCAUGGAAAAGCUCAAGAGCCACAGAUUCUUUCGCAAGAUUGACUGGAAGGAGUUGAAGAUGCGUACCAGCACACCUCCCAUUCAACCUAUAGUGACCGACCCUUCAUUGGCCGAAAACUUUGACGAGGAAUUUACGAAUGAAAUCAUAAAGGAAUCACCCAUUGACGCUGCUAAUCUCGACGCUAAAAUGCAAGAUUACUUUCUCAACUUCAGCUACGUAGCGCAAUCAAAUUAUCUUUUGAACACCUUUGAAAAAUGA